CGUCUGUAACAGCUAGUAGUAUGUUGUCUAGGUAGGCAGCACACUAGGCUUUGAGACAGAGCCGCAGAGCCAGACUCUCAAACCGACUGAGCAUGAGCAGUCGCCAUUGUUUGGGCUAUAGAUUAGCCUAGUACUGUCAAUCUCAUACGAGAAUAUUUUAAUUAACGAACAGUCAGUUUGUGAUAUUAAGUAAAAGUUACGUUAAACUAGUGAUUAUUACUGUAUGAGUGACUAAGAGUGAAGAGAUCGCGGAAGAAUGACGGAUCAGAGGAGUGGAUAUCAGCAGUUGAAUAAUGAGGAGGAGUCAGCGGAGGUGUUUCAACAAGCCGCGGAUGCGCCUCCACCGUACAGCAGCAUCACAGCGAGUAACGCAGCUUUCUUUGAGUACAAAGAGGAUGAGGUUUACCCCAAACCCCCCUCAUACAAUGUUGCCACGUCACUGCCGUCAUACGACGAGGCUGAGAGGAGCAAAGCAGAGACCACCGUUCCUCUAGUCACCGACAGGGAUGAGGACUUCAUUGCCAGAGACAGCUUUGAUGAUACGGAUCAACUGCGUGUUGGGAACGAUGGGAUAUUCAUGCUUACAUUUUUCAUGGCGUUCCUCUUUAACUGGAUUGGCUUCUUCCUGUCCUUCUGUCUGACCACGUCUGCGGCUGGACGCUAUGGAGCCAUCUCUGGGUUUGGACUGUCCCUGGUCAAAUGGGUCCUGAUUGUCAGGUUUUCUACCUACUUCCCUGGAUAUUUUGAUGGCCAGUACUGGCUGUGGUGGGUUUUCCUUGUUGUUGGAUUCCUGCUGUUCUUCCGGGGAUUUGUUAACUAUUCCAGAGUUCGCAACAUGGCAGAUCAUUCCAUGUCUACCCUUCCUCGAACCCGAGUUCUUUUUAUCUAUUAGGUAAAUCACAAGAAAUGAUUUAUUUUCUUUUUUUCUUUUAGAUGAGGUGUGUGCAUUGCAUUAGGGGAAAAUCAAUUAAAAGACGACCUUUCAAUGAUGUAAAUGAUUGUGGACAUGAUAUUAAAAUGAAGGUGAAGUGUUUUCUCUCUUUUGAUUUUGUGAAUGGAUUAAAAUCUCAGGAUAAUUGCAAAAUGAACAAAAUGGCAAAGUCAAAGAGAGCCACCUACAGCUUUUUUGAAUCUUCAGGACAUAAACGACAACAGUGCAAAGAACACAUCUGCUUCAGACGCCCUUGCGCUUCUCAGUUAUUUGCAUAAUGCAACUAAUUACAUUGGCACUUUUUACUAAAGGAUCCGAGUUCCUCCAACCAUUUAUCAGUGCUUAAUUCAGUCGUGCAGUACGCAUUCAUUAUGCAGUUAGAAACUACUUACAUGCGCAUGUGCUCCAGUUAGCCAGCAGAGAAUCUGUUUUUGUCAAAUUCCCAGUCUGUGGGUUUUCUCUUAAUUUGUGGGUAAGUUGUAAUUUUACUUUGUGCGUAACUCUAGUAACUGAACUUUGUGAACUAGAACAAGAGUAUGUAUAUACAGUGUACGAGAAGAGAGAUAUUAAACGUUGUAAACAUGCACUUUCAAGAUAUAAACAAGAAGAUACACAGAGCGACUGCCAGGUCCUUGUAAAGCCAAAAGCAUAUUAAAAGUUUAUUCAAAAAAUGUCAGCUUGUUUUAAAUGACUGUCACCAAACGGACCAAAAUACUCUUAUUAUAUAAAAGGUUAGCUUAGAUUCAUAGCCGUUCAAUAUAAACCGCAAACUGAUUCAGCAUUAAAGCACAUCUGAAUAUGUAAUGCGCUUAAUCAAUCAGUGUGAAUAACAGAAUAUUUUAUGAUGCCAAAUGUAGCAGUAGAUUGAUCUUUGAUUUUUAUUGAAGACUUCAGUGUGGGAUAGUGCUUCACGAUGUGUUGUUUGUGAUUUGUAUGUUUUACACACUUGUCAAGUAACUUUUAAUAAAUGUAACAUCUAUGGCAACACCAAA